GGCGAAGCGACAAACGCCCAGCCACGCCCGCCAAGCGUUCCCGCCCAUAUAUUGCCCGUCCCCGACUGCCCCCACAGCUGCGUACUCCAACCAGUCUCGCCUUGGUGAUCGCCCCGCCCCGCUACCGCCGCAGAGAUGGUCAAGACUACCGAAAUCAUCGCGGCCCCCGCGCCCGAGACCGAAAUAGGCCCGGUGCGAACCUACACGGAGGAGCAGCAGAGCAUGAUCAAGGCAUUGCGCGAGUAUGCCGAUACGCUCCUCCUUCCAGAAUCCGACCCGUAUCACGAGUGGGAGCUUCGGUGGCUGAACAAGUGGGACACCAUCCCGCGCUACAUGCGCGCCGCAAAGUGGGACUUCGAAGAUGGCAAGAAGCGCAUCCAGGGCACGCUCGAAUGGAGGCGCGAGUUCAAGCCGGACCUCAUCCCGCCAGACGAAGUCAAGAUUGAGGCGGAGACGGGCAAGAUCCUCCUCAACGGCUUCGACAACCAAGGCCGGCCCAUCAUCUACAUGCGCCCCGGGCGCGAGAACACCGAGACCUCUCCGCGGCAGCUCCGGCACCUCGUCUGGUGGCUCGAGCGCGCAAAGGACAUGAUGCCCCCGGGGCAAGACUCGCUCGUCAUCGUCGUCGACUACAAGUCGACCACGCUCCGCACGAACCCGUCCAUCAGCGUCGCGCGCAAGGUCCUCCACAUCCUCCAGCAGCACUACGUCGAGACGCUCGGCCGCGCGCUCGUCGUCAACCUCCCCAUGCUCCUCAACUUCUUCUACAAGGGCAUCAGUCCCUUCCUCGACCCCGUCACGCGCGACAAGAUGCGCUUCAACCCGGACCUGUUCGACCUCAUACCGCGCUCGCAGCUGGAUGCGGACUUUGGCGGGGACUACGACUGGGAGUUCGAGCCGAAGAGCUAUUGGGAGCAGGUCGUCGAGUGAGUGAUCGUACCUUUUCAAGAUCGGAUGUCUGACCGCGGUUGGGGUAGGCACUGCGGGAUCGCGCCCGAUGGCACUCGAGUGGAGGAUAGUGCCCCUGGGUCAGAAGCAGACGAGGCACAGGCCAAGCUCGCAGUGCUACAAAUACAAACAUCUGCCGCAAAAGGCUCGACUCCUGAGUUGGAACAGCCUCCACACACAGUGGAGGAUGCCGAUACCCUACAGCGAGAAGAGGAUGCGAAGGCUAUCUCUGAGAUUGCAGCUGCAGCGUGACACCGCGAUACCCGCGCAAACACCCAAUGUUCAGCCUACCGACCAAUGUAUCAUAGGCUAUGACUAUCAUACACUCACUUAACAUAAUAUUAGAUGCUAACUGCCUCACUGUAACGCCUCUCCGAGU